AUCACGAUGGGCCGGCGUGCAGGUAAAACCUCAGGUGUCGGGGACGUGGUCGUCUUGGCGGCGCUGCUGGGGCUCGCAGGCGGAGUUGUGGUCCCCACCACCUAUGGAGAAGUGAACGGAGUGGAGUUACCGACCUCGUUCAUAGGGGGCGCUGUGUUUGACCGGAUCUACACCUUCAAGGGGAUUCCCUACGCCGCUCCGCCUGUGGGGGACCUCAGAUGGCGCCCUCCCCAGGACCCGGCCGGCUGGACCGGAGUCCGGGACGCCGCCCAGUUCGGAGCCCGGUGCCCGCAGGUUGUGGAGAUGCCUUUUCCGCCAGGUUCGCCUCUGUACGAGCUGUCCGGCCCGUUCCGUAGCAACAGCAGCAGCGAGGACUGCCUGUUCCUGAACGUUUAUACGCCUAACGUGGCCUCCACUGCGGAUCUGCCGGUCAUGGUGUGGUUACACGGAGGAGGUCUGGCGAUAGGUAGUGCAGACACGUACCCGGCUGAGAUCCCCACGUCACUCAAUAACGUCGUCAUGGUAACCAUCAACUACCGGCUGGGUAACCUGGGCUUCCUGCCGACCCGGGACGCCGAAACUGACGGCAACGUUGCGCUAAUGGACAUGGCGAAAGCUCUCCAGUGGGUUCAGGCGAACAUCCGGAACUUCGGAGGAGAUCCCGACAGAGUCACCAUCUUCGGCCAGUCCGGCGGAGCCUGGGGGGUCUCCCUGCUCGUCAUGUCCCCGGAGACACGAGGGCUGUACCGCCGGGCCAUCUCUCAGAGCGGCGUGGCCGGGCUCGGGGCCAGUCGUAGGGGAGACACCGCAAAAACAGAAAAUCUCGCCGCCUCCUUGAACUGCCCCAUGGAUUCCUUCGAUGACAUGAUGAGCUGCCUACGAAGCAAACCAGCCCACGACUUGUUGGAACUUGAUGCUCCGGUUCCGAUAGUCGGAGGAUCCUUCUUACCAGAUGCAGACGAUCUGUGGGACAUUAUGUACAAGAAGCAGGUUAACGAGGUAGACUACCUCCUGGGUACCAUGGACGGCGAGUUCAGCUACGGGCUAUUGGCUGCAGUCCCGCAGGUGACCGCGGACGGCCUGGACAGGACUGUGUUCGAGGAGAUUCUGCCUGCCCAACUCAACUUUAUCGCCGCCCAAUUUCCUGACGGCAAUGUAGACAACAUCGUGCAGCCCGUGAUAGACCAGUACAUGAACCCCGACUCGGACGACCCGAUCUACACACGUGACCGGUUUAUCCAGCUGAUGACCGACUACAGAUUCACCGCAACGACUGUGCUCAUGGCGCAGGCUGUGGCAGCGCACGACACUGCCCGUGUCUACCAGUACGAGUUCCAGCACCACACGACGUCGGUUUCCCCGGAAAGACCUCCCUACGCCAAAGCUGACCACGGCGACGACCUGUUCUACAUGUUCGGGAUCCCGCUCCUUCGUGACGACACCGGCGCCUCCUGGAAGUACAGCUUCACCCAGGAGGAGAGGGACCUGAGUCUGGACAUGAUGGCGUACUGGGUCAACUUCGCCGCUAACGGUGACCCUAGUGACUUCACCGGAGCAGCACGCAUGCGUGACCUGGUGACCUGGCCACGUUACAUGACGUCAUCUCAAUCCUAUCUGAAGCUGGACGUGACGUCAUCUGCUGACGUCAAGAUUCGCGAGUCCAACAUGAAGUUUUGGAACGAGGAGGUGCCGAGGCUGAUGGGAAAGGAUGUAAUCGCCGUUGGCGACGACUUUGUUGUCUCCACCACUCAUGGUGACGUGAGAGGGUCAGAGUUCCUGACCUCCUCUGUUGUCGGAAAUGCCCUCUUUGACCGCGUCUUCACCUUCAAGGGGAUUCCUUACGCCGCUCCGCCUGUGGGGGACCUCAGGUGGCGCCCUCCUCAGGACCCCGCCGGCUGGACAGGUGUCCGUGACGUCACAGAGUUCGGGGCCAGAUGUCCACAGGUCGAAUACCCGCUGCCUCAUCCCAUCUACGGCGAGGUCCUGGGAUCCGGCGGUAUCGCCAGCAGCGAGGACUGCCUGUUCCUGAACGUGUACACUCCAAACGUGUCCGACACUGCCAACCUGCCUGUGAUGGUGUGGAUCCAUGGCGGGGCAUGGUACUUUGGCAGUAGCUCAACCUACCCGGCUGAGAUCCCCACGUCACUCAAUAACGUCGUCAUGGUAACCAUCAACUACCGGCUGGGUAACCUGGGCUUCCUGCCCACCCUGGACGACGACGCACCGGGCAACUUUGGGCUUCUGGACGCGAUAAAGGCUCUCGAGUGGGUGCAGUCAAACAUCCAGAACUUUGGAGGAGAUCCCGACAGAGUCACCAUAUUUGGGGAGUCAGCUGGAGGCUGGUCCGUCUCCCUGCUCGUCAUGUCUCCCAUGGCAACGGGACUGUUCCACCGGGCCAUCUCUCAGAGCGGCGUGGCGGGAGUUCCAGUCGCACAGAAAGGCGACAUCACACUAACACAAAACCUCGCCCUUAGCUUGAACUGCAGCACGGACUCCUACGAUGACAUGAUGAGCUGCCUGAGAGGGUUACCGAGCGAGGACUUCCUGACACUCAUGGCUUGGCCCGUGGUCAUCGACGGCAGGUUCCUCUUACAAAGUCCUUGGGAUCUGAUGAACCACAAGUUCAUCAACAGGGUAGACUACCUUCUGGGCACCAACAACGACGAGUUCGGGCUCUUACUGUCGGUAGACUUCCCGUUCAUAGACGCAGACGGGAUGACCCGGGCAGAGUUUGAAACUAACCUACCGAUCCCUCUUCAAACAAUUGCCGACCAGUACUGGGGCGGCAGUGUCAACACGAUCCUCCAGCCUGUGAUAGACCAGUACCUGGACCCCGCCAUGGCGGACGAUCCGAUCUACCUGCGCGACCAGUUCCAACAACUCCUGAUGGACGCCUUUUACGCCGCACCGACAGUCAUGAUGGCAAAGGCCGAGUCAGGCAUGCUAGCAGUAGCGUGGGAGGCCUCCAGCCGAGUGUACCAGUACGAGCUGCAGCACAGCGCGUCAGUCUUCUCCUUCCGUCCGCCGUAUGUAGGAGUUGACCACGGUGAUGACCUGUUCUUCCUGUUCGGCAUCCCGCUUCUGUGUGACGACAAGGGUUCGUAUUGGAAGUACAGCUUCACCCAGGAGGAGAGGGACCUGAGUCUGGACAUGAUGGCGUACUGGGUCAACUUCGCUACUAACGGAGACCCUAAUGACUGGACAGGAGCAGCGCGCAUGCGUGACAUGUUCCACUGGCCACGUUACACUUCUUCAUCCCAAGAGUACCUCCAGCUGGACGUGACGUCAUCUGCUGACGUCAGGCUGCGGGAGUCCCGGAUGAAGUUUUGGAACGAGGAGGUGCCGAGGCUGAUGGGAGAGCAUGUCCACAACCACCGCGCCAGGGCAGAUUUCAGCGUUGGGGCUCGCGAGACUUCGUGCAGCCUUGCUGUUCUGGUGCUCACGUUGGCUGUUUCUUAUCUGUUGGCCUGAGGUUGGCUUGGACACAGUCGUCAUCCUUAAAUUUAGACCCCUUGGCGAAACGUUUUAUCAACAGUACUACCUGAGAUUCUGAUCAAAAUCGUCGUCAGAUGAAAAUAGCAAAUUUCCGUGGGCAUCCGUGCAUCUGUACUUAAGGGUUGCCACUAUUGGAAAAUGUGCCUGGCAUGUUUUGCUGAUGAUGACUUAAGCCGUAAUGUCAAUGUAAUUGAUACUAUGUGUACAAUACACGGAGUACUUUCUCUAAACCUGUUUGUCCUUUUGUUCAUAACGGAUGUUGCAACUGAUGGAAAAUAGAGGUUAGAGAUAUUCUCUUGAGCAGGCAAUAAAAUUAAACAUGAUGAGUUUA